GUGUGGGAGAAGCGGAGGGAUAUUUCAUCUGUUGAUACCCAGCAAAGUGAUGUGGUUGAGGACCUCUGCAGCUUUCCACAUCUCAUUCCUUCAAAGGGUUUCAGGAGAGUGGAUGCUGUUGUUUUAACUGGCCUGGGAACUUGGGGUGUUUACAGACAUGCACACACACAUGCGCUGAUAAAGUUGCAGCUUCCAACUCCUGACACCACGUGAAAAGGAAAGCUCUUUGCCAGCUGUUCCAUAUUUUCCAGCUGCCACUUCAGUUUGAAAUGAUGGACUGUACGGAUCUCAAAGUAAAAGAGCCUUUUUAGUCAAAGGUAUUAGUACAAGGAGAACUGAAGUAAUGAGAAGUCAUCAUGGAAGCCCAGUCCCAUAGCUCUACCACUACUGAGAAGAAGAAAGUUGAGAAUUCCAUAGUGAAAUGCUCCACUCGAACAGAUGUCAGUGAGAAAGCUGUUGCCUCCAGCACAACUUCCAAUGAGGAUGAAAGUCCUGGACAGACCUAUCACAGAGAGAGAAGAAACGCAAUCACAAUGCAGCCACAAGGUGGGCAAGGUCUCAGUAAAAUCAGUGAAGAGCCUUCAACAUCUAGCGAGGAAAGGGCCUCAUUAAUAAAGAAGGAGAUCCAUGGAUCUAUAUCGCACCUUUCUGAACCUUCUGUACCUUAUCGUGGGACGGUUUUUGCUAUGGACCCCAGGAAUGGUUACAUGGAUCCUCAUUAUCAUCCGCCUCACCUUUUCCCAGCAUUCCACCCUCCUGUGCCAAUUGAUGCAAGACAUCAUGAGGGGCGUUACCAUUAUGAACCAUCUCCCAUUCCUCCUCUGCAUGUGCCUUCUGCAUUAUCUAAUAGCCCAACGUAUUCAGAUCUUCCAUUCAUUAGAAUUUCUCCACACAGAAAUCCGGCUGCCACCUCAGAAUCUCCCUUCAGCCCUCCUCACCCUUACAUUAACCCAUACAUGGACUACAUUCGAUCCCUGCACAGCAGCCCUUCUCUGUCCAUGAUCUCAGCAGCCCGAGGACUCAGCCCAACAGACGCUCCCCAUGCUGGAGUCAGUCCAGCUGAAUAUUACCAUCAGAUGGCUUUGUUGGCAGGUCAGCGCAGCCCGUAUGCUGACAUCAUUCCUUCUGCUGCCACUGCAGGAGCUGGUGCCCUUCACAUGGAGUAUCUUCACGCCAUGGAUAGCGCCAGGUUUCCAAGUCCAAGGCUGUCAGCUAGACCAAGCCGAAAGCGUACACUGUCCAUAUCGCCCUUGUCUGAUCAUAGUUUUGACCUUCAGACCAUGAUACGAACAUCUCCAAACUCCUUGGUCACAAUUCUCAAUAAUUCUCGUAGCAGUUCUUCAGCUAGUGGUUCCUAUGGCCACUUAUCUGCGAGUGCAAUAAGUCCUGCUUUGAGUUUCACAUACCCUCCCACACCGGUUUCCCUUCAGCAGAUGCAUCAACAAAUUAUAAGUCGCCAGCAAAGCUUAGGUUCAGCCUUUGGACACAGCCCUCCUCUCAUCCAUCCUGCUCCAACUUUUCCUACCCAGAGGCCUAUCCCAGGCAUUCCCAGUGUCCUGAACCCUGUCCAGGUCAGCUCUGGCCCUUCUGAAUCCACACAGCAGAAUAAACCCACAAGUGAGUCAGCGGUGAGCAGCACUGGGGAUCCAAUGCACAACAAGCGUUCGAAGAUAAAACCAGAUGAAGAGCUCCCCAGUCCAGGUGCAGGAAGCAUGCAGGAACAGCCAGAAGGAAUGACCUUAGUAAAGGAGGAAGGGGACAAGGAUGAAAGCAAGCAGGAGCCUGAAGUGGUCUAUGAGACAAACUGCCAUUGGGAAGGUUGUUCACAAGAGUUUGACACGCAGGAACAGCUAGUGCAUCAUAUAAACAAUGACCACAUCCAUGGUGAGAAGAAGGAGUUUGUGUGCCGAUGGCUGGAUUGUUCCCGGGAGCAGAAGCCCUUCAAAGCCCAAUAUAUGCUGGUGGUACACAUGAGGAGACACACGGGGGAAAAGCCUCAUAAAUGCACUUUUGAAGGUUGUACAAAGGCUUACUCCAGAUUAGAAAACUUGAAAACCCACUUGAGAUCUCACACUGGAGAGAAACCAUAUGUUUGUGAGCAUGAGGGCUGCAACAAAGCUUUCUCUAAUGCAUCCGAUCGGGCCAAACACCAAAACAGAACUCACUCCAAUGAGAAACCGUAUGUUUGCAAGAUACCAGGCUGCACAAAACGCUAUACAGACCCCAGUUCUCUCCGGAAACAUGUGAAGACUGUGCAUGGCCCUGAGGCUCAUGUCACCAAGAAGCAGCGUGGAGAUAUCCAUCCAAGGCCUCCACCACCCAGAGACCCAGGCAGCCAUUCACAGUCCAGAUCACCAGGCCAGCAGACUCAGGGUGCAAUUGGUGAGCAAAAGGACCUCAGCAACACUACCUCGAAGCGUGAAGAAUGCCUCCAAGUGAAAGCUGUCAAGUCAGAGAAACCAAUGACAUCUCAGCCAAGCCCUGGUGGUCAGUCUACAUGCAGCAGCGAACAGUCCCCCAUCAGCAACUAUUCCAACAAUGGGAUCGAGCUUAAUUUGACAAGUGGAGGUAGUGUAGGAGACCUCAGUGUCAUUGAUGAAACCCCAAUCAUGGACUCUACCAUUUCCACAGCAACCACAGCACUUGGCUUACAGGCCAGAAGGAAUAUGACAGGGACCAAAUGGAUGGAGCAAGUCAAAUUAGAAAGGUUGAAACAAGUUAACGGAAUGCUUCCACGACUGAACCCCAUUCCACCUUCCAAAGCCCCAACCUUGCCACCUCUCAUAGGAAAUGGUACCCAGUCAAGCAGCAGCUGCAGUGUAGGAGGAUCCAUGACUAUUCUACCCAACAGAAAUGAACUUUCAAAUACGGACAUCACAGUGUUAAAUAUGUUGAACAGGAGGGACAGCAACACUAGCACAAUCAGUUCGGCCUACUUGAGCAGCCGUAGGUCCUCUGGUAUUUCGCCUUGCUUUUCCAGUCGCAGAUCCAGCGAUGCUUCCCAAGCUGAGGGAAGGCCUCAGAACAUGAGCGUUGCUGAUUCCUAUGACCCCAUUUCAACUGAUGCCUCCAGGCGCUCCAGCGAAGCAAGUCAGUGUGAUGACCUUCCAAGUCUUCUCAGCCUCACACCAGCCCAGCAAUACAGGCUGAAAGCUAAAUAUGCAGCAGCUACUGGUGGACCCCCACCAACCCCACUACCUAACAUGGAGAGGAUGAGCCUCAAAACAAGGAUGGCACUGUUGGGUGACUGCAAGGAGCCUGGAGUAUCUCCUCUGCCUCCAGUAAACAUUCCUCGAAGAUGUAGUGAUGGCGGGGCAAACAGUUAUAGCAGGAGGCAUUUUCUGUCUCAUGAUGUACUAGGAAAUGGGACAAGGAGAGCCAGUGAUCCUGUUAGAAUGGUCUCUGACAACCUAUCUCUUCCUAGAGUCCAGCGUUUCAACAGUCUAAAUAGCUUUAAUUCUCCUGCGUUGCCUCCAUCCAUGGAAAAGCGCAACUUUAUUCUACAGAACUAUACCCGCUCUGAUGGUGGCCUGUUCCGUAACUUCAACUCCCCUUGUCCUCCAAGUAUCAGUGAGAACGUUGCCCUGGAGGCUGCUACCAUGGAAGCAGAUGGUAGUCUAAAUGAUGAGGAUCUUCUGCCAGAUGAUGUGGUUCAGUAUUUGAAUUCCCAGAACCAGGGCAUAUAUGAUCACUUGUCAAACGGUGCCCUGGAUAGCAACAAAGUGCAUCACAACUCAGUGAUCGGAAGCAACAGUUUUGAGCAGGCCCCUCCACCAAACAGUCAACAGACCAGCUCCGAAGCAAACAAAAGUGACCUGCCAAUUCAGUGGAAUGAAGUAAGCUCAGGAAGUUCUGACUUGUCUCCUUCAAAACUAAAGUGUGGUCAGCGUUCUGCAGUCCAGCAAAAUCGAGCCUUUGGACUAUAUAAUAAUAUGAUGGUCCAGCAGCAGAAUCUGGAGAGAAAUGGCAUGGCCCAACAAAAUGGUUAUCAGAGUGCUACAGAAAGCAACAGCCUAUACAGUUUACAGCAGAAUAUGAUGAUUAGUAACAACAGUGGUAGUUUUUUCAACAUGCAGUCCAAUAGGCUGUAUGGUGAAAGCAUCAACAGGCAAUCAAUAAUUUCUGGGACAAUGGACAAUUCUUGCAGCAUGGUGGCUCAAGGGCAGAAGUUGAGGAACAAUAACUUGGCAGUGAAUGGAAGCCAGCAAAAUUUUGGUCACCCUCUGGUGACAGGCGAGCAAUCCAUGAGCAUGGCUAAUGGGAUGCAGAGCAAGAAUAUGAUAGAACAGGAAUACUUGCAAAAUCAGCCAGGAGGGGAAGGCAUUCAUUACCAGGGAGUCAGUCAGUCCAGUCAAAUGAUAUUAGGUCAGGUUAGUCCUACCUCACAAAUCAGCCUAUAUCAAGGGCCACAGAAUUGUCCUCCAAUGUCUCACAACCUUGGUAACCAGCAGUCGGGUUUGUUGGUGACAAAGGGUUGUCAGCCAUGUGCCAGCUAUGGUGGCACCAGACGACAAAGCAUGUUGAGAAACACCCUGCCACAACAGCAAGGACAUGUAAGUGAUGCAAACCAGGUAUACAGGGUAAAUGGCAUUAAGAUGGAGAUGCAAGGUCAAUCACAACAGUUCUGCUCUAACAUGCAGAAUUACUCUGGUCAGUUAUAUGACCAAACCAUGGGCUUUAGUCAGCAAGAUAUGAAAACAGGUUCUUUCUCCAUUUUGGAAGCUAACUGCCUGCUGCAGGGGACUGGUACUGCAAACUCAUCUGAGCUUCUUUCCCCAGGGGCUAACCAAGUGACAAGCACUGUUGACAGCAUUGAUGGCAACAGCCUAGAAGGGGUGCAGAUUGAUUUUGAUGCUAUCAUAGAUGACGGGGACCAUGCCAGCUUAAUUUCAGGAGCCCUGAGUCCAAGUAUCAUUCAGAAUCUCUCACGCAAUUCCUCCCGCCUCACCACUCCCAGAGCGUCUCUUACAUUCCCAGCUAUGCCCAUAAGCACAACCAACAUGGCUAUUGGGGACAUGAGUUCUUUGUUGACCUCACUUGCAGAAGAAAGCAAGUUUCUUGCUGUUAUGCAAUAGACAUGGA